CAAAAACGUGUUUACCGUAGGUCUCCAUUUCUUCGAUCAACCAUGGCCGCAUUCGGAAACGUCAGUUUUUGGUGGUUUCGGUUAGGUGUGUUGUAAACUGUCUCGAGACUCUCCUGAGAACGCUCUUCGCUUCGAUGCGUCAAUAACUUUAACUCGGUGGCGAACAAAGACGCUCUGAAGAUGCUCACGCUGCAAUUCGGACAAUGUGGAAAUCAAUUGGGAUACGAUUUGUUCUCGAAGGUAUUCGCCGACAUACAGAGCACGAACACCGGCGUAUCUCACGGUGCCAAUUACGAAUACACCGAGAAGACGGUCGAGAAAUGGUUCGACGGGAUCACGACGCGCGGCCACCAUCGCGCGAGAGCGAUCCUCGUCGACACCGAGGAGAAGGUAGUGAGCAAGAUGUACAAGGACGCGAACGCGUCCUGGAUCUAUCGCACGAACAACAUCGUGUGUCAGUCCGGUGGCGGCUCCGCCAACAACUGGGCCUACGGCUACGGAAUAAACGGUCGACGUCUGUCGACCGCUGUGUCGGAUAUCGUCCGACGUGAGAUCGAGAAGCUGGAUCAUUUUCAAGGAUUCUUUUUGCUACUCAGUUCGGCCGGCGGCACGGGAUCAGGCAUCGGAAGCCGCAUGGUCCGAGAUCUGCGGGAGCAGUACGAAACCAAAUCCAUCGCGGCGGCUAUUGUGUUGCCGUUUACCUUCGGCGAGGUCUGCACUCAGAAUUACAAUACCGUAUUGACGUUGGCCAAAUUUUCCGACACGGCGGAUCUUUCGGUCCUGAUCGAGAAUGAGCAGAUGCACGCUAUAUCCACCGAUUUGCUGAAAAAUUCUAACGCGAUGUUACGCGACAUGAACAGCAUCAUCGCCGAGAACUUGCUCGCUGUUUUGCAACCAACCAGCGACACGAAACACAACGUGAACUUCUUGGCAUCCAAAGUGGCCGCGCAUCCGAAUUUUAGAUUCGUAACGAUCAGGAGUGCUCCUCAUACUCCUGAAACAUCUCUGCCGUAUGAACCUGAGCACGAUUGGAACGUGUAUGUGCGUCACCUGAAGCAAACUCUUCGAGUUUCGAAGUCGCAACUGGAACUGACAAACGCUCAGCUCAAAACGCCGAAUCCUUUACCAAGCAAAACGGCGGUAUCUCACGCGUACAGCCCGUGUGUCGCCAAUGUUCUUGUCACACGCGGCAAAUCUGCGGGGAAUGAUAUAGCGACGAAAGAUUUUCGGAAAAAACAUUUAUAUCCGGAAUGGCUUACGUCGGAUUCGUUUACUCAUUUGCAUCAGGAACGCAAAUUUCUGAACCGGGACAAAUUUUUAGCAUUGAUCACAAACAACUCGGAGAUACAUCGUUCAUUGGAUAUGUAUCUGGAGAAAGCUUGGAACUCGUACAAAUGCGCAGCUUUCUUACAUCAGUACAAACAGUUUGGUAUGGAGGAGGACGAUUUCUUGCGAGCUUUUGCAAAAGUCGAGAACGUGAUGCAGGAAUACAAAAGUUUGAAAGGUCAUAAUGGAAGUUGAGAAUUGGAAAAGUAAGUUUUCUUCGUACAGCUUUGAUAAAUAGAGAGAUUGUUGUUUGCUCCCCCUCGCAUAACAUAUAUUUAGUUUUUCUACUGGAUUAUUAUUGUAAAAUAUAUAUCAGUUAAUAUAUAGUUUGAUUCUCGUAUUUAUAUUUUCAAAUAUUUAUUGGUUUAUUUUCAAAAACAAAUAUAAAACUUCGAGAAGGAGUUUUGCAGGUAAAUUUUCUUGAACAAAUAUGGAUUUUUGAAGACUCACCUUCUUCUUUAAUGUAUUUAACAACAUGCGGAUUUAUUUCUCUUUAUAACGUUUCUCCUACGCUUUUUUCCGAGCAUACGUAGGCGCUUACGUAACAUUCUGAAUAUCACGGUCACGGUUACUACGAGAAGAGGGAUGGGUGGGCAGCUGUGACGUCACUCGGAGAUCGACCAGGCUGCGGCUGCGAAUACGCGAAGGGGACUUUCGAAAUAAACGGAGGAGAGAGAGAGAGAGACAAGCGGUCAACAGGAGAAAGAAGGAACAAAAGCGGGGAGAAACGAUACGAAUAGAACGAUUGUGCUCGCGGAAGAAAAAGCGGGAUGAGAGACGAAGUCAAUUGUGUAUAUUGGUGUUCGAAUUCCUGGCCAUCAUGCUCCUUCGAAACCUGCGCAACCGCGUCCCUGUCUCUCCCCACGUCGUGUUAAAAGUUUGCUUACAUGUAUGUAGGAAUAGCUUUCUUCUGCGCAAUGUGCGCGCGCGUUCCUUGGCAAAUAGAAUCAAAAGACUGAUCACACCCCAAUUCUUGGAAAAGAGGGAAACAUUUCCAGGAACUGCCACUCGCCUCUUCGCCACCCUCUUACUAAUCGCGCCAGCUCGAAACGAUUCGAAUGAACGAUCGAGCGACGGAAUCUAAGAAAAUAAACUGACUCCGAAACUCAAUCUUUAUAUCCCGCAAUAUUUUUUCCCGCGUUGUUUUUCAUAGAUAGAACGUGAAUUUAAUUUGCGAAAAUCUUACAAUCGAGCCUUGUGCGUUUACAUUGUAACGUAUCAGCAAAGUUACAAUAAAGAUUCAAACGAGAAAAAUUUUAUUCUAUAUUUUUUUCUUCUAAUGUGAUUCACAUUGUUUUAGAUUCGCUUAAAUGUUGAAUUCAGAGUGAUUAGCGUAGAAACGUCAA